CCCCAACCCGCCAAGUUUAUCCCAACCGCCCAAGACGCGCCAUUUCAUCUUUCUCACAUCAACUCUAUUUCUGUCACUCUUCUCUGUCUCCAUCGCUCAUUCCUUACUUUCCUUUCCUUUCCUUUCCUUUUAGUAGCAAGAAGUAGAAGAGAAUAGCGAGCGAGAGAGAGGGAGAGAGAGAGAGUUGUGGAUCUCUCCCUCGCAAGUCGCAAGGUUAUAUUUAUAUAUAUAUAUAUAUAUACUUCUUGGGGUUUUUUUUGCAGAUCUAUUUCCUUAUUUCUUCACUAUUAUUGAUUCUUGAUAUAAAGAUCUGGUUCCUGUCAUCGUCUUGGCUCGAGAUCCAAGCCAAGCACAGAAGAACUUGUUGGAGGAAAAUCUCUGCAACUUCAAUGAUAGAUUAGGGUUCAGAAUAGUUGAUUUUCGACAUUCCAAGUGCAGAGAUUACUUGUUUGUUCUUUUUGAAGCUGAUACACCCUUUCUUCGAGUAAAUGGCUUCAAAUGAGGGAUUUCUGACUGAUGAGCAGAGGGAAAUCUUGAAGAAUGCAGAGCCUCUGUCUUCUUCGCCUAAAUCAACUAGUUCCCUGCUUCCUGAACACAAUAUUAAAGUUUCUACUGGUGGGAAGGUCCCGACUUUUGGGUUUGGGGUGAGGCAUAUUCGUCGGUCACACUCUGGGAAGGUCGUUCGCGUGAAGAAGGAUGGUGCUGGUGGGAAAGGAACAUGGGGUAAACUACUCGAUACUGAUGGUGGUUCCUGUGUAGAUCGGAAUGAUCCUAAUUAUGAUAGUGGCGAGGAACCAUAUCAACUUGUAGGUUCUACCAUUUCUGAUCCGCUUGAUGAAUACAAAAAAUCAGUGGUUGCCAUCAUAGAGGAAUAUUUUAGCACAGGAGAUGUGGAAUUGGCAGCUUCUGACCUCAGAGAACUUGGCUCAAGUGAGUAUCAUCCCUAUUUUGUUAAGAGACUCAUUUCGAUGGCCAUGGACAGGCAUGAUAAGGAGAAGGAGAUGGCUUCUGUUUUACUCUCAGCUAUGUAUGCUGAUGUAAUCAGCCCAGAUGAAAUCAGCCAAGGAUUUCUCUUGCUUCUGGAAUCUGCUGAUGAUUUGGCAGUUGACAUACUUGAUGCUGUUGAUAUUCUAGCACUGUUCAUUGCACGUGCUGUGGUUGAUGACAUCCUUCCUCCGGCAUUCGUUACCAGGGCAAAGAAAACACUCCCGGAUUCUUUGAAAGGAAAUCAGGUUUUACAAACUGCAGAGAAGAGCUAUUUGUCCGCUCCCCACCAUGCUGAACUUGUGGAGCGGCGAUGGGGUGGUAGCACGCAUAUAACUGUUGAAGAAGUGAAGAAAAAGAUUUCAGACUUGUUAAGGGAAUACGUUGAGAGUGGAGAUACCUUGGAGGCAUGUAGAUGUAUAAGAGAAUUAGGGGUCACAUUUUUCCAUCAUGAGGUAGUAAAGAGGGCUUUAAUCCUCGCCAUGGAGAUCCGAACAGCAGAACCACUUAUAUUUAAUCUAUUGAAAGAAACGGCUGAAGAAGGCCUCAUAAGUUCUAGUCAGAUGACAAAGGGAUUCGGCCGGCUUGCUGAGAGCCUGGAUGACCUUUCCCUUGACAUUCCUUCAGCGAAAACAUUGUUCCAGUUGCUAGUCACGAAAGCCAUCUCUGAUGGGUGGCUAGAUGCUUCAUUUCUCAAAGCAUCAGCUGAUGAUGGGGAGUCGGUAGGAAAUGAUGAAGAAAAAGUGAGCCGAUUCAAGGAAGAGGCUGUGACGAUCAUCCACGAAUAUUUUCUUUCAGAUGAUAUACCAGAACUCAUCAGAAGCCUUGAAGAUCUUGCAGUGCCCGAGUUCAACCCAGUUUUCCUUAAGAAGUUAAUCACCCUUGCCAUGGACAGGAAGAACAGAGAGAAGGAGAUGGCAUCUGUUCUGCUAUCAGCCCUUCAGACUGAGAUCUUCUCUACUGUAGACAUAGUUAAUGGGUUUGUUAUGCUACUGGAGUCUGCAGAGGAUACUGCACUGGACAUAUUGGAUGCCUCAAAUGAGCUUGCAUACUUCCUGGCUAGGGCAGUCGUUGAUGAUGUACUGGCUCCUUUGAACUUGGAUGAGAUAAGCAGUAAGCUACCACCGAAUUGCAGUGGGAGUAAGACUCUCCACAUGGCCCGCUCGCUUCUUCGUGCUCGUCAUGCAGGUGAGAGGAUUCUGAGGUGCUGGGGUGGUGGCACUGGUUGGGCAGUGGAGGAUGCCAAGGACAAGAUAACAAAGCUACUAGAGGAGUAUGAAAGUGGGGGUGUUGUGGGUGAAGCUUGCCAGUGCAUCCGUGACCUUGGGAUGCCAUUCUUUAACCAUGAGGUGGUGAAGAAGGCCCUGGUUAUGGCUAUGGAAAAGAAGAAUGAUAGGAUGCUAGAUUUGCUGCAAGAGUGCUUUGGUGAAGGGCUGAUCACCAUCAACCAGAUGACCAAAGGCUUUACAAGGAUUAGGGAUGGACUUGAAGAUCUUGCUCUUGACAUUCCAAAUGCAGAGGAGAAGUUCAAGUUCUAUGUGGAGCAUGGGAAGAGGAAUGGGUGGCUGCUUCCAUAUUUUGGAUCCCCGGCCGUUACUGCUUGAUAAACAGUAGGUGCCCCCUUUGUACUGUAAUUUUUGUUUCAGAGGUGGAUUGGUAUGGGAUCGACAUAUUUCAGGGUUGCCUGAUGACCAACUGAUGGAGGUUUUUGUGGAUUGUUUUCACUUUCCAACUCGAUGUAUAGAGAGGUUCAUCUUUGGAUUC